CUGAAUCCCUCCAAAAUGCUCUGUUUCUUCUUUUUUGGCUGUUUCAGAUCUCGAUCGUUUGGAAGUCCUGCGCUCAGGAAGGAAUGCACACUGGCAGAACUGAUGGAAAGUGAGGCUGAGAUGGUAAAACACAUCCGAGCUCUCGACAGCGACAUGCAGACUCUGGUCUACGAAAACUACAACAAGUUUAUCUCAGCAACAGACACCAUCAGGAAAAUGAAGAACGACUUCAAGAAGAUGGAGGAUGAGAUGGAUUGCCUGGCGACCAACAUGGCCGCCAUCACGGAAUUCAGCGCCCGCAUCAGUCACACACUGCAGGACCAGCAUCAGCAGAUCACCAAACUCUCAGGUGUGCACACGUUACUGAGGAAGCUGCAGUUCCUGUUUGAGCUACCAGCCCGGCUGAACAAGUGCAUCGAGCUCGAGGCAUACGGCCAGGCCGUGAGGUAUUACAGCAAGGCCCGCUCGGUGCUGCACCAGUACCAGCACAUGGCGUCUUUCCACGGCAUCCAGAACGACUGCCAGAAGAUCAUAUCUGACUUGGCACAGAAACUCCGGGAGAAGUUCAGAGACACCGGCUCGAGCGCCAAGGAGCUGGCGGAGUGUGUGGAGCUGUUACUGCAGUUGGGUGAGCCGGCGGAGGAGCUGUGCGAUGAGUUCCUAGCCCACGCCCGCUCCCGGCUGGAGGAGGACCUGUCGGCGCUGGAGGCUGAGCUGGGUCAGCAGCCAGGCCCCCUCUCUGCGGCCUCGCCUCCCCUCUCCGACAUCCUGGAGUUCACCGACAAGGGCUGCAACGGCUUUGUGGGGGACACCUGCCUUGUCAUCGCCUCCUACCAGGACCUGUUUGUCCACCGGCCGGCGGCCGGAGGCCUGGUCAGCUCGGACGUGGCGCAAAUGGCCGGCGCCAAGCUGGUGGAGUUUGUCGACGGGCUGAUGGGCCGUUACUUUGGCCUGGUGGAGCGGCGCAUCCGGGCGGAGAAAGGGGUGGGGGACAGCUCGCUGCUGGUGCGCGGUCUGGACCGCUUCCACCGGCGCCUGCAGGCCGUGGUCAAGCUGCUGCCCGGCUCGAGGACGGCGGCCGCCGAGGGCACAGAGAUCGUGGUGCGUGCUGCCCAGGAGCGGCUCCGCCAGUACCUGCAGGCCCUGCAGAGCUUCUACGCUGACUGCCUGACUGAUGUGCGCCAGUCGCUGGCCGCCCCGCGGCUCCUGGGCAAGGACGGCGCCAACUUGGCCGAGCUCCUGGCCUCUGUCUCCGCCUCCAUCCUCAACCAGGUCAAGUCGGUGCUGGCCUACGUCCACCUGUUCACCGCCAAGGACGUCACCUUCUCCAGCAAGGCCUACUUCAAGGGGGAGUUCUGCAGCCAGGGCGUCCGCGAGGGGCUCAUCGUCAGCUUCAUCAGGUACAUGUGCCACACGGCACGCCAGUUCUGCGAGACGGUGGGUGAGAAGGGCGCCACCCCCCCGGGCCUGCUCCUGCUGCUGUCCCGCCUCUGCCUGGACUACGAGAUGUCCACCAUCAGCUACAUCCUGACCCUGACCGACGAGCAGUUUCUGGGGCAGGACCAUUCCCCGGUGACCCUGGUGACGGUGCUGUGUGCCGACGCACGGGAGGCUGCUCAGAAGCUGCUGAACCACUACGUGAAGGUGCAGGGCCUGAACGUGUCGCAGAUGCUGCGCAAGAGCGUGGAGACCCGGGACUGGCUCAACACCAUCGAGCCGCGGAACGUGCGUGCCGUGAUGAAGAGGGUGGUGGAGGACAUCACUUCCAUCGACGUGCAGGUCGGGAGGCAGAGGGCAACUGGGGGAGUGCAUGGGGAUAUCCAGGUUUGUCACGAGCCCAUUCAGCUCCUGUUAUGUCUUUGCCGCUGCAGCGCUCCGAUGGACACCAACCUCCUGAGUAACAUCCAGAAGCUCUUCUCCGAGCGGAUAGACAUCUUCAGCCCCGUCGAGUUCAACAAGGUCUCCGUGCUGACAGGGAUCAUCAAGAUCAGCCUGAAGACCUUCCUGGAGUGCGUGAGGCUGCGCUCGUUCGGCCGCUACGGGCUGCAGCAGAUCCAGGUGGACUGCCAGUACCUGCAGCUCUACCUGUGGCGCUUUGUCUCCGACGAGAACCUGGUGCACUUCCUGCUGGACGAGAUCGUCGCCAGCACCGCCCACCGCUGCCUGGACCCCGUCACCAUGGAGCAGAGUGUCAUCGAGGUCAUAUGCGAGAGGGGCUGACUGGGGUGCGGGGAGGGGGUGGACCUUCCCCUCAGCUCGCGCAUCGAUCCCCUGGGCGAGCGUGUCGGUCCGGGACAGAUCGGCGCCAGAUGGAGUCGGACGCUGCUUCGGUCCACUUCCUCGUCCCUUCCCCGACUUAGAUAAGGGGAGCAGGAGUACGUCAGUCCACCCUGUGGGGAUUCCAUGAAUUCUCCUUCUGAAUUCUGUUUGUCUCGUUUAACUGUGUGCUGCCCUUUGUCAGUUUCAUUUUCUCCAAUCCUAUCACUUGGUUUCCUCCGCACCCAGAGUUAUAUUGGUCUUGGUUUGACUGUACUGGAGAGGCUGGGUGUCUGCAGUCACCCUCGCUCUCUCGUGCGUCUCUUUUACGGUGUCCAGGUUCAGAGUCUGUGGCUACUGGAGCUUGUCUGAUUCGCUUCAGUCUGUGCUGAGUUGUUGUGCAGCUCACUGUCCCUCCAGCGGCUUUGUAAAUUUCUUGCCUGGUGCGUUUAAAAACUUGCAAAUAAAUACAUAAUAUAUUUAUUCAGUCUGGUGGGGAAUUAAAUUACACGUGCGUUGGAAUAAAAUCUUUGCCUUGUGAA